UCUAGUUUGGGAAUGUCUAGGUCGGGAAUACAAUUGAUUUCCUUUUAUUUACAUCUCAUACUUUCUUUAUACAGCCCUGAAUUAUAUGAGAAGUAACAGGCGUGCAAUAUGGUCCCCUGUUGUGGAUGGGGAGUUCAUCACAGAGCCCCCUGUGAAACUGGAUGAAGCCACAGGGCCAGGGUAUGAGAUGUUGACCAGUGUGGACCUUAUGAUGGGAAUCAACAGUCAUGAAGGAUAUAUGAUUUUAAGGACAGAUCCCAGAAUCUCCUCUGGGAACCAAUCAAGUGCUGUAGCAUUCGUGGAGGAGCUGAUGCAGACAACGAGUAACUAUUACGGGGGAGAUUUAUCAAAUGAUAUGUAUGAGGCCAUCUGGUACGCUUACUUUGGACUAAAGGCCAUAGAUGAUAUGAGUGCGGAUGAACUAUUUGAGAAAGUGGUUCAUUUAGGAACAGAUGAAGCGUUCCUGCUUCCACUUGACCAUUUAACACAUGCCUAUGGUCAGAAUUGCUUCCUGUACCACCUGACCCAUGCUCCUAGCUAUAAAGCAGGGACUGUGCCAUCCUGGAUGACUGGUGCCGACCAUACAGAUGACCUGCAGUAUCUCUUUUACUCCCCUAUCCUUCAAGACCUGUCUCCACUUAUCCCAAAAGGCACUGAACUAGAGAAGAAUAUCUCGGAAAAUAUGAUCACAUACUGGACAAACUUUGCAAAGACUGGGUAGGUAUUUAGAAAUACACUGAGAGUUCAAAUCAGUUUAAAUUUUUUAGAGACUAGGAAGUUGAUACUUCAUAUUUCAUAAGUAUGUUUCCUAAUUUAAAACAUUUCAUUUGGAUAAAUAUUUGAUAUAUAACCUAUGACUGGAAAUAAAGAC